UUUUUUUGGUUUUGUGGUUGUUGGGUUGGCUUGUGUUUGUUUGUUUGUUUGUUUAUUUUGGCCAGAGGAGGAGGAAUAAGGAAGGAGACAGUGGAGCAGGUUCAUCUUGGCUAAUGGCGAGUGUUACGCUGCACUACUAAAAUCGCUCUCCUGGAUACCUGUCCCAGGCUGAGCUCACGCAUAUUAAGCUGACGUUACCGGGGGAAGCUAUUUGAGACGAGGGUUGUACAGAAAUUACCUCAUGCUAUUCCUGAUCGGCGCCGAGUAUUAAUUCCCGUGACCUCUACAGUAAUAAGGAUAUGCAACUCUUUUCGAUCAAGGUAUUUGCGUAUGUAAGUACCUCAGCUUCAGGGCAAAACACAAAGACGUAAGCUAUUGACCUCCUCUUAGCAUCAGGACCAGAGAUACUAUCCUACACUUCACCAUCAAUUAAAAGCAAUUGAAAAUGACCUCUUGGAAAAGCCGAUCAACCCAUGACAUCAGUGAACGUCUUUUGUAAAACACGUUUUAUGUACUUCUGCUGAGAUCCUUUUUCUUCCUGCCACAUGGUUCUAUAUUACUUACUGGGCACUGAUGGUAGCCUCCAGAAAGUGCAGCUUCAAAAGGUCAACCUCAUCCUUUAGCAAGAAGAAAAUCUGGAUACUGGAUAGCAACAAAGUCUUCAGAGAAAAUGGUAUACGAAGGAAAAUGAUACCUCAAAUCAGCUAUGCAUCUACAGCUCCAGAGCUGAGCGAUAACACCAGAUACGACUUCUUCUCUCGAGUGGUCCCACCAGACUCCUACCAAGCACAGGCCAUGGUUGACAUUGUGACAGCCCUUGGGUGGAACUAUGUGUCCACGCUGGCUUCCGAGGGCAACUAUGGAGAGAGCGGUGUGGAGGCAUUCACCCAGAUCUCCCGAGAAAUUGGAGGUGUUUGCAUUGCUCAGUCACUCAAAAUCCCUCGGGAACCGAGACCAGGAGAAUUUGAAAAGAUCAUCAAGCGCUUGUUGGAAACUCCAAAUGCUCGAGCAGUGAUCAUGUUUGCAAAUGAGGAUGAUAUUAGGAGAAUACUGGAAGCAGCCAAAAAAGCUAAUCAGUCGGGACAUUUCCUUUGGAUUGGCUCAGAUAGUUGGGGGUCAAAAAUUUCACCAGUUCAGCAGCAAGAGGAGAUUGCGGAAGGAGCAGUAACUAUUCUGCCUAAAAGAACAUCAAUAGAUGGAUUUGAUAGAUAUUUUCGGAGCCGAACGCUUGCUAACAAUCGAAGAAAUGUAUGGUUUGCAGAAUUUUGGGAAGAGAACUUUGGAUGCAAGUUAGGAUCACAUGGAAAAAGAAAUAGCAAUAUCAAGAAAUGCACAGGUUUAGAAAGAAUUGCAAGAGAUUCAGCCUAUGAGCAAGAAGGAAAAGUUCAGUUUGUAAUUGAUGCAGUAUAUUCCAUGGCCUAUGCACUACACAACAUGCAUAAAGAUCUCUGUCCUGGAUAUAUUGGUCUAUGCCCACGGAUGAGCACAAUAGAUGGUAAAGAACUACUGAGCUAUAUCCGGGCAGUAAACUUCAACGGGAGUGCUGGAACACCUGUUGUCUUCAAUGAAAAUGGAGAUGCUCCUGGACGCUAUGAUAUUUUUCAGUAUCAAAUCACCAACAAGAGUACAGAAUACAAAGUAAUUGGUCAGUGGACUAACCAACUUCAUCUAAAUGUAGAAGACAUGCAGUGGGCUAAUAGACAACAUACUCAUCCAACAUCUGUCUGCAGCCUGCCCUGUAAAGCUGGGGAAAGAAAGAAAACGGUGAAGGGAGUGCCCUGCUGCUGGCACUGUGAACGCUGUGAGGGGUACCAUUACCAGGUGGAUGAAUUCAACUGUGAACUGUGCCCCAUUAAUAAGAGACCAAAUGCCAACCGUACGGAUUGCCAGCUUAUCCCUAUAAUCAAACUGGAGUGGCAUUCUCCUUGGGCCAUUGUGCCCGUCUUCAUAGCUAUUCUUGGUAUAAUUGCCACCACCUUUGUGAUUGUGACAUUUGUGCGGUACAAUGACACCCCGAUUGUCAGGGCCUCUGGACGGGAGCUCAGUUACGUGCUUUUGACUGGGAUUUUUCUCUGUUACUCCAUUACUUUUUUAAUGAUUGCGAGUCCUGAUACAGUCGUCUGCUCAUUUCGGAGGAUCUUUCUAGGACUUGGCAUGUGUUUCAGCUAUGCUGCCUUGCUUACCAAAACAAACAGGAUUCACAGAAUAUUUGAACAAGGUAAAAAAUCUGUCACAGCUCCCAAAUUUAUUAGUCCAGCUUCCCAGCUGGUGAUCACUUUCAGCCUCAUAUCCUUGCAGCUUAUUGGAGUCUUCAUCUGGUUUGCUAUUGAUCCACCACAUACCAUCGUAGACUAUGGAGAGCAGAGGACACUUGAACCAGAAAAUGCCAGGGGAGUUCUCAAAUGUGACAUUUCAGAUCUUUCUCUCAUUUGUUCCCUUGGAUACAGUAUUCUCUUGAUGGUCACAUGCACUGUUUAUGCUAUAAAAACAAGAGGGGUUCCAGAGACCUUCAAUGAAGCAAAACCCAUUGGAUUUACUAUGUAUACAACCUGCAUAAUCUGGUUAGCUUUUAUUCCAAUAUUUUUUGGUACGGCCCAAUCAGCAGAGAAGAUGUACAUCCAGACAACAACACUUACUGUCUCCAUGAGUUUAAGUGCUUCUGUGUCUCUGGGCAUGCUCUACAUGCCCAAGGUUUAUAUUAUAAUUUUUCAUCCAGAGCAGAAUGUUCAAAAACGGAAGCGGAGCUUCAAGGCUGUAGUGACAGCUGCCACAAUGCAAAGCAAACUGACCCAAAAAGGAAAUGACAGACCAAAUGGCGAGGUCAAAACUGAACUCUGUGAAAGUCUUGAAACGAACACCUCCUCUACAAAAACAACUUAUGUCAGUUACAGCAAUCAGGCAAACUGAGCAGGGAUGACAUUCACUGGAAGACCUGCAGGAUGGGAUCUUGCAAUCACAGGCAUUAUUUCCACCAGAAUUCAGUCUUGGAAAUAUCAGUAGACUACAUUCAAAUCAAUAGUCAGUCUCCUAAAGGACAAGGAUUAAACAAGAGGCAAAAGGCAAAAAUAGACAGGGGAAGGAAAAUUCUGAUUUUAAAAUACAGAGGCAGUGUCAAGCUUCUGAACUGUUCACUCACAAAAGGAAGUAAAUCACAAAAGGAAAACAAAUGUUAGCUUGUGGAAAAAAAAAACAACCAAACCUGUUGAAAUAAAUCAUGUCUGAUGUUAUAUUUGUAAGUACUUUUUUGUGAUUGUGAUGAUUUCCUUUCCUGUCCUACAUUGUUCAACUAGUAAAAGAAGGUGAAUUUGUUUCUUGUGACGGCUGACUGAAUUAAGUCCUGGGUUAUGCUAAAAUAAAUGCAAUGGUCAACGCAUGCUAAUUUUUAUACAAAGCAAUUUAUUUCUAAUAAUAAAGGAAUGUUUUGCAAAUGUUGAGACUUGUUUUGUUGCAGUUUUGAGGAAAAAGUCCUUACACUGUUGUCUAUGUUUAGAAUGUGCAGUAAAGGUGGGUGUACAAAUAAAAUAAUAAUCAUGGCAUCAGAAGAAUGCAGUGUAAACUCUAAGCAUGUGUGUGUGUGUGUGUGCGCACGUGUGCGUGUAUGUAAGUGCAUGCCUGCAUGCAUGUGUGUAUGUGUAUUCUGCAGUGUGCGAAUAUAUUUGUUUAAAGCUUUGUGAUUAUAUUUCCUAAUGGAAGGAUUUUUUCCCCCUUCUCACCCUCAAAGUAAGUGCAUUUUAUAUGUUUGUAAAGUGAAGGAGUCCUGAUGGUAAUUAUUUUGUAUGAUUGUAUUAUAUUUUUGAACCUCCACUAAUAUUUUUGUUCCUUUUCAUUUCUGGAACUUACAGUUUGUAAGACUUUAUGACAGCUAGACUGGAUUAAGGUGAAAGUCUAUUCAGCCUAGUAUCCUGUCUUUGACAGGGGAAUGUAGCAGAUGCUUAUCUCAAUAAAGGUGACUUUGAAAUAACAGAAGAGAAAUCAAUGGAGAAUUUGGAAAGCAGUAACCUGGUGGCUGUAUGUGCUAUUGCCUUAUUAACACUUAAAAAUCAAAGCAACAGGUGCCCAUCUACAACUUUCACAUCUUCUAACUCCCAUGUCAAAUUAUUGUUUGUGCAUUAGAAAUAAUUAUGCGAAGAGAAACUCAUCUAGAUAUCUACCAUGUGAUUAAAGCCCUCCAAAGAAAUUUUAAAAAGACAGUUAGGGACUUUGUUUUGUUAAUAUACCUGCAAUGUUCUUUAAGACUUUUUCACUCCACACACUAUUUACCUUUCUUCAAGUCAAAUGGUCUUCACAAUCAGUUUGUUAUUAAAUGUUAUUUCUCCUGAAUUAGCCUGGAUGGCUCCUUGUGCUUUUUUUUGGUAAAGGAGCUAUAUUUUUGUAACAUCUUAAAGUAGCUGUGCUGGGUCCUAAAUUGCAUGAAUGAAAGUUGAAGUAUCUGAAAUGAAUCUCUUUUAGAAUAUCAACAUUUAGACUCCAGCACAGUCAGCAAACUCCAUGACAGUGAACCUCUAGUUUCAAAAUAUUUGACAAAACAUAUUUUUCCCCAGGCUUUUAAUGACUGAAGGGGAUUCUUUUACCAAUUAUUGCUUUGGCAUAAUGUGGUAUUGUGUGUUUGGUAUGUGUGAUAGAUUGUGUGAAAAGUCCUUUUUUGACCACUUUACAAGCAGAUCAAUCCCAAACCUAUAAACCAAUAUAUGCUUAAUUUUAAGCAUAUGAGUAAUGCACCUAGUGCAAUGAGACCUAAAGGAAAAAAUUAUUAAAACUCUUUCAGUUCUGUUUUACUAGGUAAUAUUUCACAAAAAUGUACGCUUUUGUGAAAAUUGGUUGAUUAUAUCAAUGUUUUAACAAGACAGAUUUCCACAUUUGGAGUGUAUUUCCUAAGAGAGAAAGGGAGAGACUCUCUUUUAUCUAAAAAACAAUGUUUUGGCACAAUUUCUUUUCAAGAAACCUUGGAAGAGUUUCAUUUUCAAUCCACAACAAAAAAAGUUUCAAAUAUUUUUCUCUGUAAUAUCUCCACAUAAUAGCAUAAGCAUAACAUAUGCAUUUGAAAAAGCAGUACAUAGGAAUUGUCU